AUGUCAAAUAAAAUAUCUGAAACUCUCACUUUUGAAUGCGAAACAGGUAAUUAUCACACUUUUUGUCCUAUUAGUUGUGUAGCGUGGCUAUAUCAAAAAAUUGAAGAUAGCUUUUUUUUAGUAGUCGGUACAAAAACAUGUGGUUAUUUUUUACAAAAUGCGUUAGGAGUUAUGAUUUUUGCAGAACCUCGCUAUGCUAUGGCAGAAUUAGAAGAAGGAGAUAUUUCAGCUCAAUUAAAUGAUUACAAAGAAUUAAAAAGACUUUGUCUUCAGAUAAAAAAAGAUCGAAAUCCAAGUGUUAUUAUCUGGAUUGGUACUUGUACUACAGAAAUAAUAAAAAUGGAUUUAGAGGGCAUGGCACCUAAAUUAGAAAAUGAACUGGGUAUACCAAUUGUUGUUGCAAGAGCAAACGGAUUGGAUUAUGCAUUUACUCAAGGAGAGGAUACUGUUUUAGCUGCUAUGGCACAUCGUUGUCCAGAACAAAAUACAUUACUUGAUAACAAAAAAGUUAUACAACAAGAUUCAACUAUUCAAGACUUUUUUUCUUUCCUUUCUCUUGAAAAAAAAGAAGAAACAAGAAAUAACUCUUCAAUAAAAUCAAAAAAGCACCCUCCAUUAGUUCUUUUUGGUUCUUUACCUUCUACUGUAGCUUCUCAACUUAGUUCAGAAUUAAAACGUCAAUCUGUUCAAGUUUCUGGUUGGUUACCAGCCCAAAGAUAUACAGAUCUUCCGUCAUUAGGAGAUCAAGUUUAUGUAUGUGGUGUUAAUCCAUUUUUAAGUCGUACAGCUACUACUUUAAUGAGACGUCGUAAAUGUAAACUAAUAGGAGCACCUUUCCCUAUUGGCCCUGAUGGAACACGUGCUUGGAUUGAAAAAAUUUGUUCCGUUUUUAAUAUUAAAACAAAAGAUUUGGAACAAAGAGAGCAACAAAUAUGGGAAAAUUUAAAAGAUUACUUAGAUCUAGUACGAGGAAAAUCUGUAUUUUUUAUGGGAGAUAAUCUUUUAGAAAUAUCUUUAGCUAGAUUUUUAAUUCGUUGUGGAAUGAUUGUUUAUGAAAUCGGUAUUCCAUAUUUAGAUAAACGAUAUCAAGCAGCUGAAUUACUGUUUUUACAAAAUACUUGUAAAAGUAUGGGUAUACCUAUGCCACGCAUUGUUGAAAAACCUGAUAAUUAUAAUCAAAUACAACGUAUGCGCGAAUUACAACCUGAUUUAGCAAUUACUGGUAUGGCUCAUGCAAAUCCUUUAGAAGCAAGAGGAAUUAAUACAAAAUGGUCUGUUGAAUUUACUUUUGCUCAAAUUCACGGUUUCACAAAUGCAAGAGAUGUUCUUGAACUUGUUACUCGUCCUUUACGACGUAACAAUAAUUUAGAGAAUUUAGGUUGGAACGAUUUAACAAAAAAAGAAAAACAAAUAAAAUUUAAUUAA